GCCAUGAAGGAGAAUUUCCCUCAAUUUUCAGUUCUUCUUCAGUUCUUCUACAUGAAAAUGAAAUAACAGACAAACUGAAACCCAAACCCAUCGCCACCAAUCCAUCAAUGUCAGACCUCUUAUGGUUCUUCGCCAUAUCCACCUGCUUAAAGCUCCUCCUCAUCCCCUCCUACCACAGCACUGACUUCGAAGUCCACCGCAACUGGCUUGCUCUCACUCACUCUCUCCCUCUCUCCCAAUGGUACUUCGACGAAACCAGCCCUUGGACCCUCGACUAUCCUCCUCUCUUCGCCUACUUCGAACGCUUCCUCUCCAUUUUCGCUUACCUCAUUGACCCCCAAAUCGUUGACCUCCAAAAGGGUCUCAACUAUACCUCCAACUCUGUCAUUUUCUUCCAAAGAAUCACUGUGAUCCUCUCUGAUUCGUGUCUUUUAUAUGGGGUUUAUAGAUUGACCAAGGAUUUGGAUUCAAGGAAGCGAAUUUUGAUCUGGGUAUUGGUUGUUUGGUCCCCAAUGCUUGUGAUUGUGGACCAUUUGCAUUUUCAGUACAAUGGGUUUCUGUUGGGGAUCUUGUUGAUCUCGCUUUCGUUUUUGGAGCAAGGAAAGGAUUUGGCUGGUGGGUUUUUCUUUGCGGCUCUGUUGUGCUUUAAGCACUUGUUUGCCGUGGCUGCGCCGGUUUAUUUUGUGUAUUUGUUUAGGCAUUAUUGUUGGUGUGGAUUGGUGAAGGGAUUCCGGCGUCUUUCGGUUUUGGGGGCCGUGGUUGUGGCAGUUUUCGUGGUGGCGUAUGGGCCUUUUGUCUAUCAUGGGCAGAUACAACAAGUCCUUCGCCGUAUGUUCCCUUUUGGUAGAGGACUUUGCCAUGCAUACUGGGCUCCAAAUUUUUGGGUGUUUUAUAUUAUUCUAGAUAAAGGACUCGCUUUUUUUCUUAGAAAGCUGGGGUUUGCUAGUCAGACACCAGAAGCUUCGUUUACUGGUGGGCUAGUUGGAGAUUCCUUGCCUUUUGCUAUACUACCUCAGAUCACCCCCUUGGCAACCUUCGCAAUGGUCCUGCUAGCCUUAUCUCCUUGUCUCAUCAAGGCUUGGAGAAAUCCCCAGCCAGGGAUGAUUACUAGAUGGGUAACCUAUGCUUACACGUGUGGUUUCUUAUUUGGAUGGCAUGUUCAUGAGAAGGCAUCACUCCAUUUUGUCAUUCCUCUUGCCUUCGUGGCAGUGCAAAGUUUGGAAAAUGCAAGGCAUUAUUUCUGGCUAUCAAUAGUGUCUUGCUACUCAUUGUUCCCACUUCUGUUUGAAGCCCAAGAAUACCCAAUAAAAGUUCUUUUGCUGCUGUUACACUCAAUUAUAAUGUGGUUAGCAUUUUCUGCACAAUUCACUAAGGGUGAAGAAGCUAAAGCAGCUGCACGUAUAAAGAAAAAAGAUGAACAAUUAAAAUUAAAGGGAAAUUCCAGUAGAGCUGACAAGAAAGAAGGGUUUGUUAUUGGUGGGGUUGAGAAGAGUUAUCUGGUAGGCCUUUUGGUGGUUGAGAUAUGGAGCCAGUUUUUGCAUCCUUUAAUUUUUGGUAAUAAGCUUCCUUUUGUACCUCUAAUGUUGAUCUCCAUAUAUUGUGGAUUGGGGAUCAUGUACUCUUGGAUCUGGCAGUUAAGAUGGAUCAUUAGAUCUCCUAAUUUAUAAUGUUUUUGAGUUACAUUUGCGUUGCAUGAAAUAUGACAUGCAAAGUGCAUUUUCCUCAUUGAAUGCAUAAUGAUUUUUGUUGCUGUGCAA